GUUUCUUGCAAUGACCAAAACAUUCAAAGCCUUUUUAAUAGUCAAAAUGUUAGCUCAACCGCACAUAAAUUUUGCCUUGGACGAAAAUCUAAGGUGAUAAUUUUACUCAUAGAUGCUUUGAAGUAUGAUUUUGGUGUAUUUGAUGAAAAUAUCACACAUCCAUUACCUUAUCAAAAUAAACUUCCCAUUAUCAACGAGCUUAUUCAUAAACAUCCAGAGAAAUCAAGAUUUUUAAAAUUAAUUGCUGAUCCACCAACUACAACACUUCAACGUCUAAAAGGAUUGACAACUGGUAGUCUACCAACAUUCAUUGAUAUGGGAUCAAAUUUUGCAACUCCCGAAAUCAAUGAAGAUAACAUAAUCGAUCAAGUUCAUAAAAACAACAUGACAGCAGUUUUCUUAGGUGACAGUACAUGGAUUGAGUUGUUUCCAAAUAGAUUCAAGAGAAAACAUUCGUAUCCGAGUUUUAAUAUACAUGAUCUUGAUUAUGUUGACAGUGAAAUAAGAAAACAUCUGCCAGAAGAGAUGAAAAGAAAAGAUUGGGAUUUACUUAUAGCACACUUCUUAGGAGUUGAUCAUUGUGGACAUAAAUAUGGCCCAUUGCAUCCAGAAAUGGGUAGAAAGUUAAGAGAAAUGAAUGAAGUUAUCACAGAAAUCGCACAUACAAUGGACGACGAUACAAUUUUAUUUGUGAUGGGCGAUCAUGGCAUGACUGUAACAGGUGAUCAUGGAGGUGAUUCGAAGGAUGAAAUUGAAUCUCUAUUAUUUGCAUUUUCAAAGGAAAAUAAUUUUGUACCGAAAGUUUAUGAUGAUGAAGUGACAAUCAUGCAACAAAUCGAUCUUUCGUCAACACUCGCGACAAUUUUAGGCGUUCCUGUACCGUUUUCAAAUCUCGGUUCAAUAGUCUUUCAACUUCUUCCUGACGUAAUGUCAGAUGAUAUUAAAAGUCGUCAUCAAUUAUUAGCACAACAUUUAUGGCAUAAUGCUGAACAAAUCAAACAUUACAUUAACACAUAUUCGGAAGAAAAUGAGAAAACAUUUUCCGUUGAAGAUCUUCACGACUUUGAAUCAAAGUUUAAAGUUUUCGAAAAACGAAUUCUUUUAAUUGAAGACGAUGAGUCGUUUAAAAUGUAUGCGAACGAUCUGAAAUCAUAUUUAAGAGAAAUUCUUGAACAUUGUCGAAAUGCUUGGAUCAAAUUCAAUCCGCAACUGAUGUCACAAGGUGUGUUAACAGUUUUUCUUGUCAUUUUCAUGUUCUUCUUUCUCUUUAUUAAUCUUCCAUUGGAAGACUUCUCAAAAGUCUUCAACUCAAGCGUUGUUUCGUUUUCACUUUUUUCGAGUUUUAUUUUAGGAAGUUUUGGCUUUUUUUUUCAUCGAAAGUUCGGAUUCGAUGACAACAUUCUUAGCGCACUUUUCAUUUCCUCAUUAUGGAAUAUUUUAAUUUUCAUAUAUUUGCUCAUAUGCAAUUGGCCAAUAAUUGUUGAUCAAAUGUAUUCGAUGAAGAGAUUUUUAAAUGUAGUUCCACGUCUUACGUUCAUGUUAUCGUGUCUCGUAUUCUUUUCAAAUAGUUUCGUUGUUCAAGAACAAAAAGUUCUCAGUUACAUGCUGUCGACACAAAUUAUUUACACAGUUUAUGAAUUGAAGAAAUCUACUAAAAUGGUUGAUUUAAAAGGCAAAUUUAAGCUCAAUAUUUUAAUGAAAUCAACAAUUUUUAAAGUUUUGAUAGCGUCUUUAUUUUCAAUUCUUUUUAUUCGAAUGUGUCAUAAUUAUUUCAAAUGUAGAGAAGAACAAAGCGACUGUUGGGAUUACUUUUCUGCAACUGAAACUCCAACAAAUUCUUCCGAACGAGUGGAGGAAUUAUGGCCUAUUAUUAUUCUAGCAUUGUUUGUAACAAUUUGUCGAAUAUUUCUUAAAACGAUGGGAAAUUUGACGGGAUUUUCAUUACAUGUUCUAUUAAUAAGAUUCGGACCAAUGUUAGCAGUCAUUUCUGCAUGUGGUCAUUUAAUUUUAUCACAAAGACAAGCGAAAAGAGUGAUAAUUCCUCAAGUCUAUCUCGAUAUGUUAGCUUGGAUUGUUUAUGGAAUAUUCAUUAUUGAAAUUAUUGUGAUAAUGUCGAAACCUUUAUUAAUUUAUAUUGUUCCACGAAAGGAGAAUGAGCAAGUAUUGCGAAUGGGUAAUUAUAAUGAUAUUAUACCAGAACUCUUCAGACACGUCAAAAAAGUUUUUAAUGUUGAUAAUACAAAACGUCAACUUUAUGAUAAAGUUCCGAUAAUUUAUGGUUUUGCGACGGUCUAUUCGUCAGUGUUCUUUGCCUUCGGAUCGAUCCUUGGUAUACUUUUAGCUUUAUUAUUAGGCGUUGAUGUCUCAAACGGUAUAAUAUUAAUCAUUGCAAUGGCCCUCUUAAUUUUGUUUAUUUUUUCUGUCUUACGCUUUGAAACUGCCGCGAAUGGAAAAACUUGCCUUGAACCGCAAUUUUCUUUGAUUGUAACGUGGUUUUUGUUAGUUAAUUUCGGAUUUUAUGCGACUUCACAUCAAUCAACAAUUUCACAGAUUGAUUGGAAGCCGGCUUUUAUCGGAAGAACAGCUUAUUUUGAUCACUCGAAUUUCUUUUCGGCACUUCUUGUGCUUACAAGCACAUUCGGGUCAAAUAUUCUUCUCAUGAUUUCUUAUCCUUUGUUAAUCAUUUUUCCUUUCACUUUAUACUCGUUGUUUCCCCAAUUAUCGAAAAAAGUUUUAACGACAGCAGAUAAGUUGUCAAAAGAAGAGAAAAAUUCGGAAUAUCGACGAAUAACAUUAGGCGGUGAUGAUGUCGAGGGUGCAAUUACAGAUUUUGAUGUAACUCGAGGUGAAAUUAAUCUUUAUGAAAAUGAAAAACUUUUCUUGUCAUCAACAUUUAAAGUCGGUUGUCAACUUAUGAUUUUACAAGGAAUUAAAAUUCUUUGUUCAAUGUUAGCGUGCACAAUUCUUUGUCGACAUUUAAUGGUGUGGAAAAUCUUCGCUCCACGCUUCAUUUAUGAAGUUAUUGCUAGUUACAUCAAUUUCAUUUCAAUUAUUGUUGGAUUUAUUUUCAUGUUUAGAAUUCAUAAAUCGGUGAAAACACUAGUUGAUAAAAUUAACAAAAAAUAUUAG